UCUCUCAUCCUUCUUUAUAAACCUCACCCUACCUUCUCUUUCUCCAUUCCACCAUCUCUUCUCUGAUACGCCGAGAAGAAAACGAGGAAUCAUCCCUGCAAUCUGGUCCUCCGCCAUGAAGCCAGCAGUCAUCUUCCUGUGCCUGUUCUUGUCUGCGUUGCACCACUGCGCGGCGCAGAGCUGUGUCAACGACACGUUCUCCGGCGACAAGCUGUACGCCUCCUGCAGCUCUCUCCCCUACCUCAAUGCCUCCCUCCACUGGAACUACCACCCUUCCAAUGGCACGGUCGACGUCGCCUACCGCGCGCUGCAGACCUCCGACGGCUGGGUCGCGUGGGCCAUCAACCCGGACGGCUCCGGCAUGAUCGGAGCCAACGCCUUCCUGGCCUUCCCGGGCUCUAACGGCGCCGUGACCGUGUACACCACCCAGUUCUCUAGUUACGGUGUGCAGCCGAGCGAUGUCAAGGAUGAGAACUUGACCUUCGCGGUGUACAGCAGGGAGAGCGAGUACUCCGAUGGGUAUUACACCAUUUACGCGACGCUGGAGCUACCAAGAAACGACACCAAACAGAACACGGUGUGGCAGGCGUCGACGACGUUCUCCGACGGGGUUCCUUACGGUCACCCUUCUGGGGAUCACUACCUUUCGAAGACCAGUCUCGAUUUCCUCACCGGCCAGCUGGAGUAGGAAUCUCAUGAUAUAUAUAUACUAAAUGGAUUAGAAUUUAUGUUUGGAGAAGAUUUAGUGGUUAAAUAUUAUGAUUCCUCCUUAAAAGUUUAGCUAAGAAUAAUUUGUAAGAGCAGGCAGACUCUUCAGAUACUACUUUACAUAAUGAAGUCUUUUGUUUUUGUUUU